GAGAACGCCGUUUGCCACGACGUUGCUCUGCGUCCUCGUUCUCGCAGCUAUGCUUUGUCGUGCUUCUGCACCUAGCUGCGACGUCGAGUGAAAAACUUGCGUCUGCACAACCUUUACAGCAUACUGCCAGCAGCGGUAGCAGAAGAGGUGCUGCCUCUCAUGUGGCACACCGAUUACGAUCUUCAGCACUGCCGCCCGCACCGAUAACCUCUGGAGUUGCAAAUAACUUUGAAAAUCGCAAAAAUCAAGGAGACUACUUUGAUGCUGUGGCAAGGACCAAAAUAUUGCAGAAGCUAAGAAACCAGGGACAAGCGAAAUUAUACAGUGAAGAAGGAGAAGCCGAAGUAGACAUCCCUGCAAGGAAUGAAGAAGGUCAAGGUCGUGUUGAACGAAUUACAGAUCUCGAUUAUCUAGUAUCAUCUACAACUACUUCAUCUGCCUCGUCAGAUUUCGAAGAUAACUUGCCAAUAUCGCUACAACGGGAUGCACUUCUGCGAAGAGUGAGCGAAACGCCUGGGAACAGUGGGAUAGACACAGAUAAAGAUGUUGACACCGUUCUUGAACACGUAAUAGUAGACGAGGAAGUUGUACUAGAGCAAGUAAAUAACGAUGACAUCACUGCAAGGAAUCGUGAUUACAAUACCGAAAAACGUGGACGGCAUCUCCAAACCACAUCCCUCAGUCCUGCCUUGACCACAAGCGCGAUCCCAGUGCCCUUCACUUGUCCAGCGGAUGCCUUCCUCUUAGACCAGGCCUUGGCUUUCACGGCAAGCACGACACUUACUAGUAGCACAACAACGUAUGUUAAGGCUUUGGGAACUAUUCAUCAAAUUCAAAUUCAAAGCAAAAGCAUUCUUAGUCUUACAACAGGAGAUUGGUUUCUUUCAUCUGAAGAAAGUAGCAUGAUAGAUCUUGGGGCGGCGGGGAAGGGGAAGUUGGCGGGGAAUGUCGUGAAUUUCCAGUCUUCUUCUGAUCUUUUAAGGGAAGACCUUCCAGGCCUAAGGGACCUUCCAGGCCUAAGGUGACUUUCAAGAUGGUGACUACUUCCCGGAAGGAGAAGAUCUAAUCAUGACUACUUUUAUGGCGCUGGGUCGACAAGCACUUCUAGUAGAGGAAUAGGGGUGAGAACAGGAAGUGUUGAGAGUUCUGGCAGUGCUGGAGCAUUUUCUUCAGGAACUAGUUCAGGUUCUUCAGGAACUAGUUCAGGUGCGGGCUCAGGAGGUAGCUCAAGCUCAUCUGGACAAGACACGGGGAGUGGGAACACAACAACGACCGCUACGGUUGUCACUGCAGCCCUUCCGAUUCCUUCAGCUGGUUGCGCGUGUGACAAUGGCCAGUUUGGAUUACCCGGAAACUGUACCGUGUGUCCCUUCUCGUGGCUCUCGGUGGAGUACACGAAGACCGAUCACAGCGGAGGGACCAGUACAACGGACUGCGUAUGUCAUCCUACACAGUUUGGGACUAGCAGGCCCAAUGUUGCAGCUGGAGGAACAAAUGUGCCGUUUUUUAUGUUUAAUGCUGUUGCUGUUGUAACUGGAACUCCUUGUAGUUGUGUCUGUGUCGCAUGAGGACAGAAGCAGCUUCACCAGGCGUAGGAAGAGCAGAACCUAGAGAGGUCCCAUCAUCUCCGGAUAUACUUACAACCAAGUAACUCGUGUUCUAUUUAACUCGUGUUCAGUGUUCCUGCAGCUACUCACAGUUUGUUACUACUUGACAUUUGAUUUUGAUUUUGAAACUUCUAACGGUCCUAGCGACAACCUGUGCGAAGGAAAAUGUCCUGUCUUGGGUGGAACACAGCUUCAACUGCCAGGAUGCUUUGAACGGCCAGAGUAUCGCUUUUACAAAGCAGCUCUUGGGAACACAACUACAGCGCCAAGUAGUAAUGUAAGCGAUACUUCUACUUCGUCGUCCAAUACUUCUUCGGCAAACAGUAGCUCGACAGCUACAACAACUUGGGCUCCCGCGACGACGACUUCAUCUCCAACGACAACUGGUGGCGCUUCCAAUUCCUCC